GGCUUCAAGUCAAGGGCGCAAAACUUUUUCACAGCUCUCCUCAUAAGGAAGCUAUUGCUGAUGCAGAGAUGUAUAGACAGGUGCUCCUUUCUGGAUGUAGAUGUGUUGAGAUCGAUGUUUGGGAUGGAUCAAAUGGGCCAGUAGUUACACAUGGUCCUUCGGCAGUUAUGCGAAUGAAUGAAGUUCCUUUAAAGGAUGUGUGCAUUGCCAUAAGGGAGAGCGCUUUUAAAACGUCGCCGUAUCCCGUUUUACUGUCUAUCGAAAACCAUUUGUGUAAGCCGCAGCAAAAACAAAUGGUGGCUAUUUUCCGGGAAGUAUUUCGUGAAUUCUUGCUGCAACGACCUCUAGAAAAACAUGCGUUAAAAGAGCAUGAAUCACUUCCAUCUCCACAUGCUCUAAAAAAGAAAAUUCUUGUGAAAGCAAGACGGCGAUUGGAUAACAACGAACACACAGAAGCAAGCCGAAAAUCCAGCGUUGUGUCCAUAGUUUCAGAGAGGAGCGAUCUGCAGAUGCUGGAGGACGAAGUGCGAAUGCUGCAGUUGUGCCCCGAUGAAGAAGAAGCUUCUUCUCAAGAGCUAUCAGAUUUGGUUAACUACCUUACAGCAGAUAAAGUGCCACACACUUGGAAUCAAGACCCACGUUUUUAUCUCAUGUGCUCCUUCAGCGAAGAUACUUCUGCUAAGAUUUAUAAAGAUGCAGUGCAGCAACAAGCAAAUGAACUUGUAAAGCACACAUCAAAACGAAUCGUUCGAGUGUAUCCGUCAAACAUGCGGAUUAAAUCGGACAACUUUCUUCCCAACAUUCACUGGAUGAUGGGCAUCCAAAUGGUUGCACUCAAUUUCCAAACGAAUUGUCUAGAAAUGUUGAUGAACCACGCAAUGUUCGAACAAACUGCUUGGUGUGGAUACGUGAAGAAACCGGAGUGCCUCAACGACUCUUCGUUGGAUUUUGACUUGUACGGAAGGCUAAGAAUAAUUCCUCAUCGAAUGCCGGUCACACUGAAAGUCACCGUUAUAAAGGUUAGUUUUAUGGCUAUGAAAUGAGA